AUGAUUGAGAAGGUUGAGAGGAAUUUUGGAAUUGAGGUACGUAUGGGGGUUGUUGAGAUGGAUUUUGGAAUUGAGAUGUGUAAGGGUGACAAAAUGGAUUUUGAAAUUGAGAAGCCCGAUGCUACUGGUCGUAUGGGGUGCACCCCUAUACAGAAGAUGAUAGCAGCAAUACGUAUACUUGCCUAUGGAAUUUCAGUGGAUCAUUGUGAUGAGUACAUAAAGGUUGGAGAGCGCAUUGCAAUUGAAAGCUUGAAGAGAUUUUGUGAUGCUGUAAUUGCAUUGUAUGCGGAGCAGUACUUACACUCGCCAAACGAAAGCGACAUUACACGUUUACUUCAAGAAGGGGAAGAAAGAGGAUUCCCAGAUCAUUCCCCAGUAUUCAAUCGUAUCAUUAAUGGUACAAUGCCUCCAGUUAAUUACGAGAUAAGGUGGGCUAUAACGCAUGGACCAGUAUAUUAUUGGAAGAAAGAAGACCUGAGCAAGAUAAUGAGAACGUGCAUCAUAUUGCACAACAUGAUCAUAGAAGACGAGGGCGACACUAACAUUUUGGAAUGGACACCUCCAACGGAUGAGUUGGUCUACCUUCCACAGUACAAUCGAGACUGA